AUGUCUUUCGUUAAGAAGUCUUGAAUGGACUGCUGUCUUUUCCCCAGUGCCUGAGGGGAAACACUGUUCAAAGCUGAUGCUCACGUCUUGAGGAGUCACGAAGGGGACCUGUUUGGGGGAGUUGUUUCCUGCUUACUACCCAUCCAUCACCGGCUUUGAUAUCAGCUCAACGUGGAAGCCGCAACGGAGGCAAGCCUGGGCACCAACCUCAAGCCUUGUCCCAUCCCACGUCCAUCAUCAGGACUACCAGUUACACUUACGGCAACCCAGAAGGCCCUGCUACAUUGUACCUCUCCUCACACCUUCCACCUGCUAGCCCACUCAGCCAACAAGCGCCACAGCCUGGCCCUGAGACAUCCGAGACCGUACACACGCGCUGUGCUGUGCCCAUUCCUCCGGGAGCCUGCUGCUGUCAUUGCAUCGCAGAGUCCACACUACGCAUUUUCAAGAGCACGCCAAUUUCAAGUCUGUGCGAGUCCCAGGAGAAGGGUGUGGCACACUCAUCUCACCAGCACAUCCCCAGUUCGUGUCCUUUCAGCCCUCCCGCGCUAGACAGGCCGGCCUGGUUCGAUCCCAAAUCAAAGACGCGCUUUUCCACCCCCAUCUUUGAAAGUACAAAGCACGAGGGAAAGGGCACCCACACAUCCGCCCCUAACACCGGCACCCUCCCCGCCAGCCCGCUUCCUCUCCCGUCCCAAGUCUCCAGCCUGUCGGUAUACCUCGUCCCCACGGCGUCAGUCAACGGGUCUCUAUGAAGGCCUACCGCACGAGGGGAACCGCGCAAGAGUAGCAGCAACACGAGGCAGCAGUAACAGCCCGGCGCGGUUGGCUUGAGGUCGUUAUUCUAUCCAUCUCCCAGAUCCUGGACCUGGAGCUGGACCUGGCCAGAUUACCGACAGGGUCCCGAACCCGAAAACCACCAAUUAUUGGCAGUGUUCAUACCGUGUAUUUCGUACGGAACGCCCCUUCAGCAUCGGCACUCCACCACGCCUUGUCAACGACCUCCACACAUCAAAAGCUUAAGUACAAGAGGCGUUCAUCCCCAGGUCACACGCAUACUCGUCUCAUCAGACUUUGUGGUGUUGAAGAACUUAGUUGCGCCCCCAUCAAAACUUGAUCUGCGCCAUGUUCUAGGGCCACCGUUUUCUGGAAACCUUGCGAGCACUUGCUGUCACGUUGAACGGGUAUAAAACUGAUACGUGAGCCACGCCUCUCCAUCCCACCGCCAUCAAGCAAUCGAUCUUCCACCACAGCUUGUAGCCUCCAGUGGCUACCCCCUCUCUCUUGUCUGUGACGACGAUCUCCGCCAAACCAAGGGCAGCAAAGUCAGUUGAGCAUGCCUCCGCCGCCACCACCACCACCACCGCCGCCACCACCAAGGAUGUCGCAUCCUGAGUCUGGCGACGAAGAGGAUUCCCUGUCCCCUCCUCCGAACAAUGCAGCACGGAGAGAGGGAGCGCCAAAUCUACCGUCAGUCAGUGGGAUGUAUUCUCACUCAGAUCUAUCAAGGGCUGCAGUGGCGGACGGGACUAGCCCAUCAUCAGGAAUCAACGGCAGCAGUUCGCAGCAGUCACCGGCCGGCGGUUCGUCUUUUUAUGGCCACGGAAGCUGGGCUACGCCGGUGCCCCCGGGCAGCUACGGUUAUUCGGGCAACAAUUCCACUUCCGGGGCCUUCCAACGACCUAUUCCCUUCAAUUUUGCCUCCCCACUCCCACAGUAUCACGGGCGAACCUCAUCAUCCCCAGCUAACGGCGGGGCCUUGCCGAGCGUCUCAGCAUACCAAGGUCAUCCGCCGUUCUCCAGUUCAGCAGGCGGCGGCGGUGGUGGCGGCAGUGGUGUGAACGGAGGCGGGGGGCUAGGAACCAACGGUGCUGGCGGAAACAACGCUGGUGUGAAUGGGAGUGCUGGCUCUUUGGUUCUUUAUGGUUCAAGCAUGCCUUCCCACUCCCAGGAAUCACCAUCACCGUCGGUUCUUGCUUUGCCCGAUCUCGCAGGUCAGGGCCAGGCAGCACCUCAGUCGUCGACGAAUCGAGGUUCACCGCCGGUUGGGUCAGAGUACCGUUCACCUUCGACGCCUUACUACCCAACAGCAUCGUCGCCGCAGCAAGGGACGUUUCCUUAUGCCUCCCAGCCCGGACCAUCCCCGAACGCCACGGGUGGGCCUCUCCCUGGGAGAAACCCCCUAGGUCCUCUGAUGCCAGGGAUGCAUUCUCCGAUAUAUGCCGGAUCCCAUCGGCCUCAUCACCAGCCCCCAGCCACGUAUCCUCCGUAUCCAAGCAUGCAGGGCUCGAUGAUGACCAAUUUGCAUCAGCCAAACCAGCCCAUGGUGGUGUAUGGUCAUGUUUCUCAUCCGUAUCCCAUUCACAACUACGCGGGAUACCACCACCCGCAACCGCCGCUGCAAGAACGUCCUUUCAAGUGUGAUCAGUGUAACCAUAGCUUCAACAGAAACCAUGACCUCAAGAGGCAUUCAAGGAUACACUUGGCCGUCAAGCCUUUUCCAUGUGAUAACUGCGAAAGGACCUUCUCGAGGAAGGAUGCACUCAAGCGGCAUAUGUUGGUCAAGGGAUGCCAGUCCAAGGACAAAGGCAAGGGUAAGGGCAGGGACAGGGACAAGGACCGGGACAAUGCCGCGGCUCCCAGAAAUGCAAACGCUCAAGGCGAGAGCCCACCUACGAGUGACGGGGAUUCCUCUAGCCCGACGGCUUUGAGGAAGAGGCAGUAGGAAUGUGUUCUUGACAGGGACAUCAACCCUGACACGUCCGGACGGUGUCGAAGACGAUGGCAGAUGUCGAUCAAGACCAACGACAGUGCGGGUAUACCUUGAUGAUGCUGCGGGAAGUCAAUGACAGGAUUCAACAAGGAAGGCGAGGGAAGGGAAAGAAGAGAAAAGGAAAAAAAGAAAAAAAAAACGGGGGGGAAGGGGAAAGGGGGGUUGAAGACCAUGAACACAAGGAACAAGGUCUGGUCCUGUUUUGGGGGAACAUUGCCGCUUCGCUUCGUCUUUGUUUAUAUUUUUGACUUUGCACACAACACUAUCCCUUGCAAGCGCGGAGGCUGGAGCUUGGGUGCUGGAGUUUGGGUACUGGGGCCAGCUGAAUUGGGAGUUCUUGGGUUUCCUACUGUCAAUAUCAUCACAUGACCAAAGGGGGCUGGCUAUUUUUGGGAGGGGGGGCAACUGGACAACGUUUGGCUCUGUUUUCAAGCUUGAUACCCAUACCCGUCUUUCCGUUUGUCUAUUUUUUCUGCUUCACUUUUGUAUUGUUGGACACAAGACGGGUACAUUUUUUUCCAUCUCUUUUUUGCACACAGCUCCUCGUCUCCGGGGAAAGCUAUUGGAGUUGGGACAUUUGGGCCAGGGCAAAGGGCGCACACACCCAACGACGAGGGCAAAAGUUAGGAAGACACAAGCUCUUGUUUGGGCAGGGGUUCGGCAGGAUUGGUUUUUGGUUUUAUCUCUGGUUCCCCUGGGAAACAAGGGGAAAGGGUUGGGUACUAGAGGUUCUGGCUUUGCUUGGCUGUUUUAUAUAUCUCGAGAUGUAUUUGUUUUUGGGAAUGGCUUGUUUUUAUUUUUAUUCUUUUUUUAUUUAAAAAAUGGGAGUGGUGGAUGGGUCGACUGAUAGCGUUUUUGACCCAACAAGCAGCGAAUCGUAUUCGGAAUAUUUUUACGAAAAUCGUCACGACAUUCGACAAUGUCAUUGCGAUGGGCAGGCCGGCCAGAUGAGGGAAUUGACUUGGUACUGUUUGGACGGUAUUGUUUUUGUUUUCAAGAGAGGGCAUAAUGUGAAUCAAGGAUGGAACUGAAAAAGAGAAAAAAAACCCUCCAUGGGAAAAUCCCAGGCAGGCAAGAUGAGCUUGACAGUGGCUCUGUCCACUGGAAAAAAAGAGCAAAAGAAAAGCUUGGUCAAGAGAGGGUUAGAUUGUAUAUACCUGUUUACUUUUUGGUUUUUUUUUCUCUUCUUUUUCGAAGGGCUUUCUAGGGGUUAUAACCCCUCCUCUUUUUUCAAUGUGGAAAGGGUGAGUGAAGGGGAGAGAGAGAGAGAGAGAGUUAUUAAUCCAAAAAAAUGAAUUCUUGAGCGGGGAUGGAAAUUGGACGAGUGUGCACCCUCUUCCUCUUGAUAAUUGAAUCAUCUUG